AUGGCUCCUCGACAAUUUUGUUAUUCUCGGGUGGCCAAGUAUGGUGAUGGCAAUGAAAGAACAGGUACGAUUCGUUUUGGUGAAACAACAUUGGGUCAAGGAGCAUAUCAGGUCUGUGGUGCUAGUGGGCUUGUCGUUGACUGGCAAGGUGCAAUAUACUACUCAGAUGCAUCAAAUCAUCGUAUGCAGAAAAUCUCAUAUUUUUUGUCAACAGCAGCUGUUGUAGCAAGCACGAGCAGAAGUUUUGAACCAAUGACAAAACAACUUUAG